AUGGUGAACACAGAUCUUUUAAAGCAUAUCAAUACUUUAAUACAAGAUCGUCAAGAUCGAUAUAUCGAAGAGCUUAAAUUAGCUGCUAUUCAUACCAAGUCUAUCCACAACUAUAUCACCAGAACCAGUCGCGCUAGAGAUUUCAAUUCGGUCUCGUCCACCACAAUAGAAAUGUACAGCGAUAAGGUUAGGAGAUUAUAUUUAUAUUUUAGUUCAUACUCUGGUACUAUAGCUAAGUAAGCUUUAAAACCUGCUUAAAGUGUGCUUAUUGACGGCGGUAAUAAGAUAUGAAAGCGGUUUGGCUGCUUAAAUUAACUGUGUAUAACCAUAGUUAAAGCUAUAAAGUACAAACCGCUUUUGUGUUCGUUUAUAUUUGUAUCGGGCAAUAUUUAAUUGAUGUAUUAGUAGCGACAGAAUCUGGAGAUUUUGAGAUUGCAUGGUCAGUGUUAUGCUGUGUUGUAAUACGAUAUCUAGAAGUAAGCAGUUUUGUGAUUGUUCGUGUGAAAUCUUGUUGAGAAUUGCCCCCGAAAUAAUCCUCAACACAAUAGUUUCUUUUAGCUUUUAUUCGACGCUACGAACUAUCCUAAUUUCGCAAAAUCUCUCACUAAAAAACCUCCCACUAAUCACUAUACAAUAGCAACAACCAUGCAGUGUAUUCUGUAACUUUCCCAUUCAUUACUGUUCUGACUCGCGCGUCCCACGUGUGAACAAAACAUUAUUUUAUACUAAAUAUAUUGACUAAUAACAGUUUCCGACAAUUCGUCUGUUAUAUAAUAUGACGUUUUGUUGACAGGAGGAUCAAAAAUUUAUUUAUUAAAAGAACAUGCCGAUGUGUAAAACAAAAUUCCAGACAAUCGCGCGACACUACAGUAUCGUGACAAUACAAUCGCGUCGGCUGUCGGGCGAACAACGAAUAAUUAACUUAUAAUGCUACAACCCCCACAGACGGAAAGUAAAACCCCCACUCCCCCCCGGAUGGCAGCAACUCGGAAAAAAUUUGACUAACGUACGAAAAUUCCUAGAUCCGCCCCUGAUUCCCGGUGUUAGUUUUGAUAUGGGCAAGUUAGUAUAGAUAUGAUCUAUUAAUGUCGAAGAAUGAUCAGUUAUUCUAGUUGGUUUUGUUAUGAUAGGAAUAAGACUGUUGUCAAGAAGCAUAUCUAAAUACUUUUCGGUUUCCCCAUGUUCAUUACAUUUCAUGUCACCACAAAUGUAAAGAUAAAAUUUAUCAGGAUUAAUUCUUUUAAUAAUUUUGUUUAAUUCUAUAUUGAACGAGUUAAGAUUACAACCAGGGUGUUUAUAAAUGCAGCCUAUGAUUAUCCCUUUUUUAUUUUUUCCAGCAUCAAUUUGGGCCCAACAUGAUUCAACUUUUUCUAUUGAAAAUUUUAUGUCAGGUCUAGGUAUAGAUUUCAAGUUAUUGGCAAUAUAUAGUGCGGCACCACCACCUGCCUUUGUUUUUGAGUCAGUAUGAAAGAAAUUAUAAUUCUUGAUAUCUACAUUGGAACAUGUUUCUACAUGUAAUUUUGUUUCAGUAAUUCCUAGUACGUUUGGUGCAUGCUCUAGGGAGUAUAAGAUAUCUUCUAAAACGUUUAAAUUUUUUGAUAAACUUCUUAUAUUACAGUGUAGGAUUGAAAGAGAAUUUGGCAUAGUUUCUAAUGUUUUUUUAAGUUUGUCAAUUGAGAAAUAUUCAGAGCAGGGAUUAUAUAGCAUAUGAUCAGGAUCAGAUUCAUCUGAUUUAUCAGGGUUUAAAAACAAAUCGUAUAAAUCAAAAUCGUUAUUUUCCUUCCAGACCAGCUUCCAAACAAUGCUCUAAAUUCUUUAUCCGACAACGAGUAAAACGGAAGAUUACUUACUGUGUUUGUUUCGAUAGCCAUCAAUGGAUAAUAUAGUAAACAUUAAAGUGUUCAAUUUUGAGUUAUAUUAAUUCAUGAAUGUUAGUUUAAUUUCUUCCGUCAAGAUAGUCGUCGAAUUGCUCAUGACUCACAAAACUUAAUGUAGGCGAGUCAUCAGUUUCGCGUAGCAUAAUCUUUCCAUUCACCGUCCAUAAAUACUUAAAUUUGGAUUCUUGUUUGAACUCGAGGAUGCGACCGAACAGACGUUUCCUGUAUGGUGUCAAAGACUCAUUAAUAUGGAUUCGCGUGUUUGACAUCACCGAUUGAAAUAUUGGGUUACCCGUGAUUGAUGGCAGAUCUUUUGCGCGCUUUGAUUUUAGCUUUUUCCUACUCGCAUAUAUUUCCUGUUUCUUUACUCGACGGUUGAAUUUAACUAUAAGUUGAUCUUUGACUUUUCUUGUCGAAGGUAAACGAUGCGCAAUUGAAAAUGUCACUCUCAGCGAGAUCCACUCCAAUUACCUCAGACAAUUCUUUAACGAGUUUCGUUGGGUUUUCCUUUACUGCCGCUGGUAUGCCAGUGAUCUCAAGGCAAUCUCUUCUACCAUACUGCUCAAGUUCGUCUAGACGCAGCUCCAAGUUGUAGCCGUUGUCAUUUAGUUUGUAAUCUUUGCCUUCCAUUUCCUUUGCUUGUCGUUCGAGGCCGAGUGACGUUUUUUUAACUUCGCUUAUUGUUGUCAAAAUCGAGUCAUAUUUCUUUGACAUGAACUCCUGAGAUUUCUCUACUUCUUCGACUUUCCUAUUGAGACUUUUUAAGUUGGUCUUUAAUGGCUCUAUUUCUUUGCGCAAUUCAGAUUUCAUUGCGUCAAUCUUUUUGUUGACUUCACUUAUACGAUCUCGGCAGCAACGUGAACCUCAGCAGCAACGUGAACCGCCGGUUGCAGCUCCUGGCGAUUUGGAGGUAUGUGGCAUGGUUUUGUUCUGUGUACUCGCGUGUAAUGUCGAUUCACUGUUUCGUCUGUCUUCAAAUAACAUGAUAUCGCGCCCUGCUUUGCAAGUGCAUUAUACGCUUAGUUUGUAUUUCUAAAAGACUUCCAUCUAAUUAGUUUCCGUGGCACAUUUUGAUCGUCUAGUGUGCCCGUAGGAUUGCUAAUGUUUACUUUGCUUUUUCUGAUUUAUAUAUCUGUUAGUCUUUUAUUCUUAUUGUUAUUCUUUAUGCUAUAUGUAUAACUCGGGGCAUACGAUAACGAUAUUGAGUGUAAACUUUGAUUGUGCAAUGGAGUUUAUUAUAUGCUUCAGUAACUUUCAGGCAUGGGCAGUUGUAAACUAUUGUUGUCCAUGCGUUUAGAGCGCAAUUCACUAUACCAUUGUCUCAGGCUAUUUCGUAUUCACAUAUAAUGCGUGAUUAUGCAUGAGUUAUUUGAUUGUAAUGCAUGCAGAGUGCGUUUGUUCCAACUUAUAGGGCAUCAUUACCGAUUAUACGGCGUGCGUUUUCACCAGAUUGUAAUACAGGGUGAGUUUUCACCGAUAUAAUACAGGGUGAGUUUUCACCGGGAUGAUACAGGGUGAGUUUUCACCAGUAUUGUAGUACAGGGUGAGUUUUCACCAGAUUGUAAUAUAGGGUGAGUUGUCACCAGAUUGUAAUAAAGCGUGAGUUUUCACCGGGAUAACACUGGGCGAGUUUUCACCAGAUUUGUAGUACAGGGUGAGUUUUCACCAGAUUGUAAUACAGAAUAAGUUUUCACAAGAUUUGUAGUACAAGGUGAGUUUAAUUUCACUCGCUUGGUAUAUAGGUUGAGUUUUCACCGAGACAACAACGGGUGAAUGUUCAUCAGAUUGUAAUGCAGGGUGAGUUUUUACUGGCCUAAUGCAGGGUGAGUUUUUGUCAGGAUAAUACAGGGUGAAUAUUCACUAGAUUAUCCCCGAGCCGACGGCGCGAAGCGCCGUGCGAGGGUACUAAUUCCCCCCGGCUAUUUACACCCGGGGAAACGAAAGCAUUAUAGGGAAGUCUAAAGUUCAUCAAAUAACGCGGGCGCAUGGCUCACCGUUCAUCGUUCAUGGGUGGUCAUCCUCACUGAUCUCAGAAAUAUGGCGGACUGUCAUGAAUAGCGGACACUGAUUGGUCCAGUUUAAAGUUUGCAUUAUAACGACUGCAUGACGACAGCAAAAUAGCAAAUAUUUCUUGAUUUGAUGAUUGAUGAAUUUUUUGCUCGCAUUUUUGCAAGAUUUUGUAAAUUUCAAAAGUUUUCUCAUAAAGAAAGGGCGAAAGAAUCGGCUAAAAGAAGGGAGCCGACGUUAACGAAGGUAAGUUUGUUUUAAAUAUUGAUUUUAUAAUGGAUUUAAAACCCGACGGGCUUUGCGUAUAUGAAACCAUUAAACAAGACAGCAUAUAUUAAUUGCAGUAUAUCUUUAAUAUUGUUUCCCUUUUUUAUUAUAUUGAAUUUUUUAAAUAAAAAAGAAAGCAAAGUUAUUUGUAAGCGAGAAUUUGAAAUCAUUUUAUUGCAAACUCAAAGUUUAUCGAUAAAGCCAUUUAAUUAAAGGCAGUUUAGUGUUAUAAAGAACAUUUUAAUUAAAACAUUUUGUGAAGCGUUUGUGGCCGGUUGAAUUUUACCUUGAAAUUGAAGGUAAAAAAUUAAAUUGAAGGUUAAAUUGAAGCUUAUAUUACGUACAAUAACAUAUCUAACAUAUAUAUAUAUAUAUGUUGGGAAAUUGAUACUUUUGUAAUUAAAAGUGAUAUUUUUAGGCGAUUUGUAGGAAUAUUCUUAAAAAAUUAUCGUGUUACCAUGACAACUACUCUAGAUACUUCAUGUUCGGAAAAUACAAUGGUUUUGACAGCAAGGCGAGGGUUUCUGCAUGCAUGUAUUUUCUAGUAAUAUGUGAACCGAGUUUUCAUCACUUUAUAGAGCGAAGGGCGAUUUUUCUUUGCAAUUCUGUCGAAGGGGUGACAUUUUCUCUACCAUAUAUAUGCUGCUUAUUGGUGUUUUGAUAUGGGUUUCUUAUCCUGGUGAUAAUAUUUUCCUUUUAGAAUUUAAAAGGAGAGGUGAAAACUCUUCAAAAAGCUUUAGAUAUCCUGACAAAGGCGUCUGUUGAAAGUAUCCUUCAUCGUCUCCUAAAUUUUAUGGCCAGCCCAUUGACCGAGUUCAAUAAAUAUGAAGCCUUAGAGAUGACUGAGGAGUUACAGAAUGCGGCCCACGACCGUAAACACCCUAAGGAGCGUUAUUACAGAGUUGUACAAGUACCAGACUACAAGAGAGAAAAUGGAGAUCCCACCUGUUCAAUUUCGUGCCCUUUUACUGCGUUACGGGUCUUGGAGAUUGUUUCUAAGGUAGAAAAGCAUUUUAUGCGACAGCGACCUCAACAUGUUCCACGGAGGUCGAGAUAUUCGCCUCGCGGUCGUGGUGGCACACCUUCGUGGACGCAUGCCCGUUGCUUCUAUUGUAAUAAAAUUAGCCAUUUUCAGUCUCAUUGUCUUGGAGAUGGACAGGUCUCCUGCAACGCGAGGCCACUUUUCCAACCGAACAAUGCACAGUCUCAAUAAGUUAUAUUAGCGUGGUCUAACUAUACGGUUGGAUUUCAAUUCUAGUGUGCUUCCAUCUCUAUAGAUUUCUGGAUGCAUUAACUAAUGUUACUGAUAACUACGGAAAAUAAUUCUGAACGUAAAUUUAUGCUUGAAUUUGCUGUCAAAUUUAUGAAAUGAAUUUUGUUAUAAUCUCUUUUGUUUUUCUGUUGUUCCUUUUAUUGUUUGUUUCCUUCUCUAAUAUAUAUAUAUAUAUAUAUAUAUAUAUAUAUAUAUAUAUAUAUAUAUAUAUAUAUAUAUAUAUAUAUAUAUAUAUAUAUAUAUAUAUAUAGAUAUAUAUAGUCCUCCAGUCGCGGUGUUGUGAUUGCCUUGAAAACGGGUAACUAAAUCAAAUCCUCCCAGUUUACUGGGUCAAGGCGCUCACUUCCCUGCUGACUUGGGAUCCCCUAUUGUGCAUGUUUGAUUUUUUUGUCUUGGUGAUCUUCCGCGAUAUGUCUCUCCCGAUUCGUAUCAAACGGUCUUGGAUGAUAAGUCGGGUUACGACCCAACCUCGUUCCCAGGGUCUGUUCUUCUGUCAUCUGGGAGAGACCCUGGCUGCGGCUGGUCACGUGCCUCCCAGAUUCUGGGAGGUAAAUUUAAUUGUAACUGUGAGAGGGGUGGGAAAGGAGCGUGUUUGUAGCGUUUUAAAAUUGCAACUUUGGGUGAUGAAAUUUACUGUAAAUUUGCAACAAGAAAUCGUAAAGAGAACUCUUAAAUUAAUAUUUAUAUCGUGACGCUCUACUCUAUAAUCUGGUGUCAAGUUACAAUUGAAGCAAGUUUGAUCAGAUUUCAAUAUUCAACUUAUAGAUUUGCGUCAUUUGCCAAAGAAAUCACGCUUGCCGCUUGUGCAGCGUGGCGAUAUUAAACCUACAAGAAAAUAUAGAUCUCUAGACCGAACAGUGUGGUUGUUAUUUAUUUAGUAUUAAUGACUAUCUUGAUACUCGGACCAAAAGAAUUUAUUUAUUGAUGAGAUGUGGAAUUGCAACGAAAUAGCGAGAUCUUUUGAUUUCCGAAAUAUUGCCAACUGUAUAUCCAGAUUGCUGAUCUAUAUAAAGGCCUUAUCAAAAAAACUUAAAGCCCGUCAAAACACUAUAAAAUUGGCCCUUGGCAUUGCUGAAACCAACGAUCAUGGUAUAUGUCAAAGUACUAUAGCUGUCUGUUGAAAAUCUACGGUAUUAAAAUCAUACAUCAAAGAUAAGUCAAACGACAAAUUAUAUGUCACUAUAUUAUAUAUACAUGUCUUUCAAUGAGCACUGUUUAGUAGUGUUCACCACCUUUAUAAAUUUUGUAAACAGCUUUCGUUUUGACAUGAAUAAGCUUUAAUUUUUUGCUGUAUAUGCAUUCUUAAUAAUACAAGUGAGAUUUAAAUUUUUGCUUUGACUUUGUGAAAUAGAAUACCGUUAUUUUUUAAUGGACAGCUUGCAUCGUCUAUAUCAUAUCCAGGAUUGCUUGUGUGUAAACGCAUUAUUCAGUAUAUGACACUAUCAAGUAAAUAUAAGUAGUAAAUGAUUAAUGAAUUAGAGAUAAACAGGAGAUUCACAAUGAAAACUUUAAAAAUGUUAGUAAAAGUAGGCUAGAUUAGUAUUCGUAUGAUGCCAAUGCCUAGUAUUCGUAUGAUGCCAAUGCCUAGUAUUCGUAUGAUGCCAAUGACGGUCUGUGCGCAUCUGACACUGUAAAUUUGUGAUAUAGAUUAUAGUAUGUUAACACAAUAUAAUGAUUAAUAGAGACCAAAUAAAGGCUAAAGUCUUACUAUAAUUACCGAAUACGAAUUAUGUACUAAAUCCAGAUAAUCCAAUUACUGAAAUUUCCUCUAUACUUAUAGACAUUUCUCUGCUCGGCUAUUAUCAAAUGUUUACAUUUGCUAAUAUUAGGUCAGUCCUAAACAAUGCUGUUUCUUUUAAAAAUCUUAUAAACAAGAUGCGUAGUAACAAGUGAAUCGGUACAAAGCGUAUCAACGUUUACAAGAAAGGACGAAUGUAAUGGCGUAUUUUAAAAACAUUACAAUAUUAAAAGGUUUGUUAUAACCGCGCUCGAUUGUGAAGAGAGCAUGCAUUGAAUAACAAGACGAGAGAGCACAUACUGCGAGUAACGAUUUGCUUUGUUUCUUGACUUGACUGUAAGUAAGAAUGUAAGAAUGUUCUUGUAAAUUCAAAGCAAAGAAAAUAAACAAAAAUUAGCAAGUAUUUUGAACGUAAUAAUUCGCAAAAUUUAUGUUUUUAACGAAUAUUCCACUGGAAGCAUGUUUAUGUAAUUUGAUACUUUCCCCCACACACCCUCAGGCUAAAUUUUUGAUGAGGCACGUGACCAGCCGCAGCCAGGGUCUUUCCCAAAGAAAGAUCCUGGGUACGAGGUUGGUUACGACCAUAUUUAUGAGGAUAGUCGUACGUUCGUCGGUUUCCAGUGGGGAGGUUGGUAUUUUACCUACAAUACUUUGCCCUUUGGGUGGAAGAUUUCGCCGUUUGUGUAUCACACCACUGGUUUAUUACCAACACAUUUCUUUCGAUCGAUUAGUAUUCCGUGUUCUCUGUAGAUCGAUGAUAGUCAUAAUGGUCAGCUUCAAACCACGCUAGCCGCCGGGGAAUACGCAAGUUUGCAGACCCAAGAUGAACGGAGAUUUGCAGCUGCUGAAUCUGCGGUGUUCCUCGUUGCCUUUUAUUUAUCUCGUCUUGGAUAUUUUUUUGUGGUUAUCGAAAUCGAUUCUGGUUCCCGUAAAAGUGGUUCCUUAUUUAGGUUAUCUUUCCAAUUCGAUCCGACAAGUUUUGAAAAACUUGAUCCUCGAGACGCGGUUCCGUUUCCUUGA